AUGGCCGCCCGCGAAGCCGAGACAAAGCAAGAAGCCAUGCAGGCCACCUCAGACCACAUCGACAGCACGCUUCCCGGUGGCGAAAAGGACUUCGUGUCUGAGAAAGACGUCAAUGGCGAUGAUCUGGGGAUGUCCGAGGAAGAGUAUGCCGCCGUCGAGAAGAGUCUUACGAGGAAGCUUGACUUCACAUUGGUACCGGUUGUUUGGAUUCUCUAUCUCUUCAACUAUCUCGACAGGAACAACAUUGCUCAAGCGCGACUGAGCACCUUUGAGAAGGAUCUUGGGCUUACUGGCAACCAGUUCAACGUUGCUGGUGCCAUGUACCUUCUGAGUUGUUGGUAUCCUCGAAAGGAGCUUGCAUUCCGCACCGCUAUUCUAUACUCUGGCGUUCUCCUUGCGACGGCAUUCUCAGGACUCAUUGCAGCCGGCGUCCUCUCAGGUCUUGAGGGAGCUCGCGGUAUCGCCGGAUGGCAGUGGCUCUUCAUCAUUGAGGGUGCAGGCAGUUUCGCCGCGGCCAUCCUCGGGGCUAUGCUGCUCCCGGAUUUCCCGGGCCAGAAGUCGGGCGUUGCGAAGUGGUUGCUCACCGACAAGGAGCAAAAGGUUGCGGUUGAGCGUAUCCGAAGGGACAGAGUCUCGUUGCCGGAAGCAGAUUCCAGCGUUUGGAAUGGACUCAAGCUCGCUGUCAAGGAUGCUCGAACAUGGGUCUUCGUGGUCAUGCUCACUGCCAAUCACAGCGCCUACGGAUUCAACAACUUCUUCCCCACGAUUGUGAAGGGCUUCAAGCUCGGCAACAACACGCUGACCCUGAUCUUGACCGCGCCGCCCUAUCUUCUCGCGACGGUCGUUGCCUUCCUAACGGCAUUCUCUUCCGAUCGUCGUAAGGAGCGGGGCUUCCAUAUCUCAGUACCUCAGGGGGUCGCAUGCAUCGGCUUCAUCAUUUCAGUAUCGACCAUCAACAACGCCGCUCGCUACGUUGCUGCUUUCCUAUACAUCUGCGGUUGCUUCUCGAGUAACGCAAUGGUGUUCAGCUGGGCUAGCUCCACCCUGAACCAGACACCUGAGAAGAGGGCGUGUGCGACAGCGAUUAUCAACCUGCUCAGUCAGCUUGGCAACAUCUGGAGCCCCUACUUCUUUCCGUCGACAGAUAGUCCGAGAUAUGUCAUGGCAAACCUGCUGAUGAUGGCCUCGUCGGCGCUGAGUAUCGUUACUUGCGCUAUCAUGAAGGUCAUGCUGACUAGAGCGAACAAGAAGCUGAAGGCAGAGGGAAGGGACACAAAUUUGUUUACGCUCUGA